AUGGCCAUCAAGCUUCCAUCAACCAGACUUUACAAAGUCAAGAUGCCUUCUGCAGACGGCUUGCUUCGUGUGCUUGAACCAGAAUUCCUCGAGUUUGACUUCUUUGGAUUGAAGUCAAUGAUAGUUAAACUCAAUCAACCUAUUUAUGGCGUGGAAUCUGCUCGCGUGACUCUGGAGUACGAUAGCGAGAGUCAACUGAAUUCAAGACAUUCAGUUCGUGGAAAGAUUGAAGGAAAAGCAUUGACCCUAGAUGUCGGCAAUGGCGUCAAGAUCGUUGGAAACCUUGAUCAAUCUGAGAGAUUCCAACAGAUUGAUGGGUAUGGGGACUGGGCUAUUUAG